CUCUCUCUCUCUGUCUCUCUCUCUCUCUCUCUCUCUCUCGUUCUCUCUGUGUUCCCACCGUUGCGCACACGUAACUCUGUCAUCGCGUAACGGUUACAUCGCUGGUGCGUCGUUUCCUUCGCAUCUUCGACGAUUGAAACUUUUCGAUAAGUUGGACUCUACUCCCACGAGAAAGCGCACAGUUUGCAGAUUUCAAAGAUGCCGCUGUCGGAGUUCCGCAAGAAAAAAUUACUCUUCGUCUUCAACGCUUUCUUCGAUGUUAAUCAAAGCGGCACCAUCGACAAGAAGGAUUUCGAUCUCGCUGUGCAACGAAUCUGCAACUCCAAACAUUGGAAGCCGGACGAUUCCACGUCGCAGCACAUUAAAGACACUUUGAUUAAAGUCUGGGAUGGACUGAGGCAGCGAGCCGACGCCGAUCAGGACGGGCAGAUCAGCCGAGACGAGUGGUACUCGAUGUGGGAAGAGUAUGCGAAAGAUCCGGCGCAUGCACUCGAAUGGCAACAAAUAUACAUGAACUUCAUGUUCGAUCUCGAGGAUUCUUCCGGUGACGGAUCGAUCGACGAGACCGAAUUCAGUAAAGUGUGCGGCAGUCACGGUGUCGAGGAAGCCGAGGCACGCGAGGCGUUCAAGAAAUUGGGGGUGGGCACGGAAGUGACUCGCGAGAAAUUCGCCGAUCUGUGGAAGCAAUACUUCUGCUCCGACGACCCGAACGUACCUGGCAACUUUAUAUUCGGAAAGACUUCCUUCUAACUCUUCCCUGCCGCCCCCAUGAAAUUGAAAUAGCGCGCGUAUAUUUUCGUCGUUCGUCGACAGACAGAUUGUUAUUUUACGUAACCGUGUGACGUUUGCGCUAAAAAGGUAGAACGAAAACUCUCUGUUAAUGUGCUAAUGGACAAACUCUCUACUUUUGGUCUGUCGCCCCCGCUCGUGUGUGUUAUACGUCGUAUAUCGAAUUAAUGAAUAUCGUUGUGGACGAAACAAUCGAGAACGAACUUUACGCUAUAAUGCCCCCUUCCCUUAUUCUCUGUCGUCGUUUAAUCCGCGCAGUCGCGCCGCGUGCUUAAAUUUCAUUUUCUCGCCGUCUGCUUGCGGAAGAUGAUUUCGGCCGGAUACGCGGAGCUUUGCGCUUUUUAACGUUUGCAGAUUUGUCUACCUCGCUUGCUACGGGCAAUUUUUUUUUGCAUCAGCGAUCGACAGAUGCGACGAAACGAACACGGGAUUGACAGGACAGAAUCGGAGGAAUUUAGAAUUUGUAUCGCAGCUUUCUCUUUCGUUGCUGCAUUGCUCCAUGCUCCGACUCGAUUCUCACUUUGACCGUACUUGCAACUGAGCUCCCAAAUUGCCAAUUUCGACACCUGCUAGCUAGCUUCUCUUUGUAUUUUUGACGUUUGACGCAAAAGGCCGAUACAUCCCAUAUGAUGCGUCAAAGAUGCGUCAAAUCAAAACCCAUAAGCUAAAUAUUUCAACACAUGUUAGAGUUCGGAUCGUGCAUCUAUCUAUCUUUACGGCAUAUAUCGACCCAUCGCCGUCGAGAAGCUAAUUACGCCCAUGUACCCCAUGUAAAUAAACGCCCUUGCGAAUAUGGUAUUGUAAAAGUGAUUAAGCUGUUUCGAUACGCGGGAGAAGAAGAAGUAGAGGAGAGGAAGAGAUCUCACCGAGGCAUAUGACGAUUAAGCCAUCUUUUGUCGUGUAUAUGCUUUACGAGUUUUCGAGGGGGAGGCCAGUCGAGUUUGUAAAUCCGUAAAAGGUUCUCUUUUACGUGCCGCCGAUCUCACGUUUUCACGUUAGCGCUCCCGUGGUGGCGGAUCAUCGCGGAUGACGCUCGAUUGUAUUUACAACUCGAUGGAACUGAUUGGCAUUCAGUGAGAGAGAGAGAGAGAGAGAGAGAGAGAGAGAGAGAGAGAGAGAGAGAGAGAGAGAGAGAGAGAGAGAGAGAGAGAGAGAUUCUCCUCCUCGGUGUGCGCGGCUGCGAAAGAUAUUUUGAGAAUUGAAAACAAACGGUGUAUGUCCGCGCCAAACGCGCGCACCUUUUCGCACUCGCGCUAUUCCGUCUCUUCUUUCUUCUCUUUGUUUUUAUUUUCUUUCAAAAUGCUAUGCAUUGAUUUGCGUGUUCUGACAACCACUUUCUCUGACCGUUUCUGUUCUGUGGACGCAAUGGAAAGUUUUUUCUUUUUUUCGUUAAUUUCUAAUAUUCCGCAGAUAUUGUUUCGUUUAUGUUGAUUUUAGAAGAUAUGUAACCGCAAUGAUGUUGCAUUAAGUUACAAAUUUUGCAAACGACGAUUUCGUUGUGAUCGAUAUUAUCGUAUUUGUAUCGGUGUAAAUUAUACAACUAGGAACAUAUUUGUCAAUUAUAUUAUAAAACAUCAAUCGAGGCGUUUCCUCCUUUCUUUUUUUCUAAACGUUAAUGAUUGCGUAAUGAGACGAGCGUACAUUAUAUUGCGUUAUAUUAUACGAGCGAUCAAACAAUUUGCGAAAAAUAUGGAGAUACAAUUAGUAUAUUUUCACGAUAAUUUAAUUUCAAUUAACCAAAAACUGAUUGCACACGAAGCUGAUACAACGCUAAAUUAGGAAAAUUGUAUUCUUCUUUAGAUUUGUUUUAAUUAUCGAUCACUGCCCGUAAAGAUACAAACAUAACGUACUAGAUCGAGACAGCGCUAUGUUCAAUCCAUCGUGUGUGUAAAUAAUAACAAAAUGAAUAUUUUCCGUACUCGUUAGAAGAUGGAUGUUACACAACAAUGUAAAUUGCUAAACUUUCGUCCGUCGUAAGUCAUAACGAUCGUUAAACGAAUAUACGACGCGGCUAUAAAGAGGAGGCUAUAGAGAGAAA